AGAAAUGCUAUUGUUUACAAGUGUCAGUAAAGGCUCUUCUAUUUCUGCUGUGAUGAAGAAUUUACUUAACCCCACUUCUGGUGGAGCCAAAUGCUGUGAACGUGCACACCAUUAGUUUGGACAUCUAAUCGUGGUUCUAAAGGUUUGACAACCAGCAUAUGCUAGCCUUGUUAUGGGCUGACAAAUUUUAUGCUUGCUUCUGCCACUCUUUAUGCUUCCUUCAUCUUAAGAACAGUUGCAAAGGAAACUGCAUGACCUGCAUGGCUAUUUUUCAUUAGCACUAAGUGGGAGAAGCAUGGCUUUUGCCUUCAAUGCCCAAGAAAUGCUAUACAAUUUUGAAGAAACUGUCAAAAUAGUAAAUGAAGUAACGUCUACUGUGACAGAAGACAGCACAUUCCCUGGUUUUGACCUAGUUGAAAGGUACUGGUAUAUGAAUAAGUUAAUGGAACUUUCUAGAAUAAGGCAGCAGCAGCUAACUCACCAUAUCAUCAAAGAAAGCACUAUGAAGGCCUCACUGCGGCGAUGUUCAGAUCCACUCCGAUGUCAGCACCUCUGGGAUGCAAUCACCACUAUUCGCAAUCACAAGCAGCUACCGUCAUUUGACAGAAUCCGACGCUAUAUGAGUCGGAUGCAUAACAUGAAGUCUG